UAAGAAAUGGCUUUGAAAUCACUGACUGCGAACUCAUCGGCUACUUCUUUGACCAAUUUCAGAGAUAGUGAACAGCAAGCGAAGCUAGCAAGGGAUCUGAGGGUUUAUAGGACUCAAGAUGGACUGAAAAAGUUUAAAGACCUGCCAUCAAAAUGAAAGAGAUGAUUAAAUUCAAAGAAACCCAUGUAUAAUUAUGAAGAGAUUGAGCAGGAGUAUGGGGUGGGUAGGGGUGAGUGGAGGAAUAGUUGUGAGAAAAGGGUUGCAGAGGAGUUAUGGAAAUAGUAGGCAUAGAAGAGUACUCAAGCCGGCAAGAAAGAUGUCGAGGCCGAAAUUUAUGAGUAUUUGAAAAAUUAGAAGAAGAAAUAUUCCAGAAGCAAGUGGGGGUUCACUAAAGAGUCACAACUCUGUUGUUUCCUUAAAAUUUGCUGAACAAAAGCCUUCUUGGUUGACAAAGAGACCUUUUCGAUGUGGGAGUUUGAAGCAUCCUUGCUCUAAAGGCAUCUUAAGAGAUCCGUAUAUAUGUCUAAAACAGGACAAGAAUCGUUUAAGCAUUCUAAAUAAUUUCAAAGUCAUAAACAAACUUCUCCGUAACGGAUUUAUUAAAGCUGCGAAUGCAAGGAAAGAUAUAAAGAACAACUUAAUAUCUCUGGAAGAAUACAAAUCAAACAUAACUGAAAUGGACAAAGUUACAAAAUUGUUAAACUAUAUGAAGCAAUUAACUUGCACCAGGAAUAUAAAGAUCAUCAAAUCCCCACCUGCUUAAAUCUGGGUUAAAUAAUUUCAACAUAAACACUCAUUAAAG